AUGAAAUUCAAUUUAGCCACGAUUGCAGUUUUAGCGGGUUCAUUAGCUCUUACAGAUGCAAAGGUUUACAAAUCUAAACUUAAUAAAAUCGACCACACAGAUCCGUCCGUUUUUAGCGGCGCUAGUUUGGCACAUAAAUAUGGUGGCGUUGUUGCUGAUAACGUAAUCAGUGACGCUGCUAGAACCGCUAUCCCCGCUUUCGAUGCUGCCGUUGAAAUCAUGUCCGCUUUCGGCGAUGACAAGGGGAUGCUCGAGUAUAACGAGCACCUCGACGUCAACUCAAAAGUAGGACUCCCCGUCAGCAACUUCCUCAACGCUCAAUACUACGCUGAAAUUGGUCUCGGAACCCCUGAGCAGAAGUUCAACGUCAUUCUCGACACUGGCUCUUCAAACUUAUGGGUCCCUUCCGAUAAAUGCGUUUCUAUUGCUUGCUUCCUUCACAGCAAGUUCCAGCCAGAAGAGUCGAGAUCCUACCACGCCAACGGUACCGACUUUGAAAUUCGUUAUGGUUCCGGCUCCUUGAAGGGUAUUGUCGGUCAAGACACUUUAGCCAUCAACGACUUACACGUAAAGAAUCAAUUAUUCGCUGAAGCUACCUCAGAACCAGGUUUAGCUUUCGCUUUCGGUAAAUUCGAUGGUAUCCUUGGUCUCGGUUACGACACCAUCUCAGUCAAUGACAUUCCUCCACCUUUCUACAAUCUCAUUGAUCAAGGUCUACUUGAUGAACCUGUAUUCUCGUUCUACCUUACAGACGGUGAUUCCGGUAAAGAAUCUCAAGCCGUUUUCGGUGGCGUGGAUGAAGAGCACUACAAAGGUGACUUGCACUACGUUCCUCUUCGCAGGAAAGGUUAUUGGGAGGUUGACCUCGAAAAACUCUCAUUCGGUGAUGAAGAAGUUGAGCUGGAGAACACUGGUGCAGCUAUUGAUACAGGCACAUCACUCAUUGCGAUCCCAACCGACAUGGCAGAGAUGCUCAACACGAUGAUUGGUGCAAAGAAGACUUGGACUGGACAGUACACAGUUGAUUGUGCUACUGUCAAGGACCUCCCUGAACUGAGCUUCACAUUCGGUGGCAAGAAAUACCCACUUAGAGGUGAAGACUACAUACUCAACUUGCAAGGAACAUGUGUGUCAGCCUUCACAGGUUUAGACAUACCUGAGCCCCUCGGUCCAAUCUACAUCAUCGGUGACGUAUUCCUGCGUCGUUACUUUACAGUAUAUGAUCUGGGUAGAGAUGCAGUCGGAUUCGCAGAGUCAAACUAA